AUGAACGAUCUAAUCUCAAGCUCGUUCAAGAGAUACACAGACCUAAACCACCAAGUCCAGCUCGACGACAUCGAGUCUCAAAACGCAACUCUCGAUUCAGGCAACCUCGAUGAGUUCUUUGGAUACGUGGAGAGUGUUAAAGAAGACAUGAAAGCUGUUGACGAGAUUCAUAAGCGUCUACAAGAUGCUAAUGAAGAGUCCAAGACCGUGCAUGACUCCAAGGCCGUAAAGAAACUCCGUGCUCGUAUGGACACGAGUGUUACAGAAGUCUUGAAACGUGUCAAGAUGAUAAAGACUAAGCUUGUGGCGUUGGAGAAAUCAAAUGCUGCUCAGAGGAAAGUCCCUGGUUGUGGACCAGGCUCCUCUGCUGAUAGGACAAGAACAUCUGUCGUGAGUGGGUUAGGGAAGAAGCUUAAAGACAUGAUGGAUGAUUUUCAGAGACUACGUACCAAAAUGGCUAGUGAAUACAAAGAAACAGUCGAGAGACGGUACUUCACUGUAACGGGCCAAAAAGCAGACGAAGAGACCAUCGAGAAACUGAUAUCAAGUGGAGAGAGUGAACGUUUCCUCCAAAAAGCCAUACAAGAGCAAGGUCGUGGACAGAUCAUGGACACAUUAUCAGAGAUUCAAGAAAGGCACGACGCGGUUAAAGACAUAGAACGUAGUCUGUUGGAGCUACACCAAAUAUUCCUGGACAUGGCAGCUCUUGUUGAAGCUCAAGGGAGUAUACUCAACGACAUUGAGUCUAACGUUUCAAAGGCAAGCUCUUUCGUCAUGAGAGGGACUGAUCAUUUGCAGGCAGCUAAAGUGCUUCAGAAGAACUCGAGGAAGUGGACUUGUAUUGCCAUUAUACUCGCUAUUGUUCUUGUCAUUGUGAUUCUCUUCCCAAUCCUCUAUACAUCUUUACUCAAACCUUGA